AGCAGUUCAGUCGCCUGUGGAUCUACAGCCACCACAUCUAUAAUAAGAGGAAGAGGAAGAACAUUCUGGAGUGGUCCAAGGAGCUGGAUCUGUCAGGGUUCAGUAUGCCUGGCAAGCCUGGGAUCAUCUGUGUGGAAGGCCCUCAGUCGGCCUGCGAAGACUUCUGGGCCAGGGUGAAGGUUCUAACCUGGAAGAAAAUCAUUAUUCGUCACAGAGAGGAUGUUGCCGUGGACAGUCGGAGGGCUGAGGCCAGCGUGGCAGACCACACGGAUUCCCUCCGUAGGUUCACAGGGUUCGAGGAGGCUGUGUUUGAUCCACACGGGAACAGAGGAAACCAUAUGAACCUGGGCCAGCUCUAUCAGUACCUCAACGAGAGAGGAUGUGGAGACGUCUUUCAGCUUUACUUUGGAAUUGAAGGAAGGUAGUAUAGCUGAUAGGAUAGGUCCCAUAACUGUUGGUUGUACCCAAAUGUACGCUGUAUCCACAUGAACCAAUGGCAGGAAUCAAGUACCCACACGAACCAAUAGCAGGAAUCAAGUACCCACACGAACCAAUAGCAGGAAUCAAGUACCCACACGAACCAAUGGCAGGAAUCAAAUACCCACACGAACCAAUGGCAGGAAUCACAAGUACCCACACGAACCAAUAGCAGGAAUCAAGUACCCACACGAACCAAUGGCAGGAAUCAAGUACCCACACGAACCAAUGGCAGGAAUCACAAGUACCCACAUGAACCAAUGGCAGGAAUCACAAGUACCCACAUGAACCAAUAGCAGGAAUCAAGUACCCACAUGAACCAAUGGCAGGAAUCAAGUACCCACACGAACCAAUAGCAGGAAUCAAGUACCCACACGAACCAAUAGCAGGAAUCAAGUACCCACAUGAACCAAUAGCAGGAAUCAAGUACCCACAUGAACCAAUGGCAGGAAUCAAAGGAUUUGUACAUUAGAUGAUGCAUUCUCAGUAGGAGCCUAGUAUGCUUUUAUUUGUUUACUGCAUACAUUACUAAACAGUACGAUUAGCACAGUAUGUUGUUUCAGUAAGUAGUAUGCAAGACAGACAUUGUCUAUGGGGGUUAUUUUUGAAUUUUAAAGAAAUCUGCUUCAUACCAAAAUAAUCUACAGGUUGAGUUCCAACUACAGAAUACAGACACAUGAUCCACAAAGUCCUUACGUACACAACACAGUUGCUUCUCUGUAGAAUCCCUCUUACUGUUCUUAGCCUGACGCUCACCAACCAUAUGGCACCACAGGAGUCAGGGACAACAG